AUGAAGGACUUAGGCCCGGUGCACUUCUUCCUCGGCAUCCAAGUGCGCCGCACGGCCGCCGGCUUCUUCCUUUCGCAGGGACAGUACGCCGACGACAUACUUGCCCGUGCCGGCCUGGUCGACUGUAAGCCGGCACCGACACCCGUGGGCACAAAGGCCAAGGUCUCCAGUACAGCAGGGCAGCCCUACAAUGAUCCGACGUUCUAUCGUAGCAUUGUCGGGGCCCUCCAGUACCUCACACUCACGCGGCCGGAUUUGUCUUACGCUGUGCAACAAGUAUGCAUUCACAUGCACUCGCCGGGGGACGUGCACUGGACACUUGUCAAGCGGAUUCUCCGUUAUGUUCAUGGCACGAUGCACAAAGGUCUACAACUCCGGCGUUCUUCUACACCGUCGCUCACCACAUACUCCGACGCGGACUGGGCCGGCUGUCGAGACACGCGCCGCUCGACGUCCGGCUUCUGCGUUUUCUUCGGCGACUCUUUGGUGUCGUGGUCCUCCAAACGACAGUCUGUCGUGUCUCGCUCCAGCGCCGAGGCUGAGUACCGGGGUGUGGCGAACGCGGCUGCUGAAUGUUGCUGGCUCCGUCACCUUCUCGGCGAACUUCACGUCAAGCUCGAGAAAGCUACACUUGUGUACUGCGACAACAUCUCCGCUGUUUACCUGUCCAAAAAUCCAGUUCACCAUGGUCGUGCUAAACAUGUGGAACUGGAUAUCCACUUCGUCAGGGAAAAGGUGGCUGUUGGGGACAUCCGCGUCGCACACAUUCCAACUCGACAACAGCUCGCUGAUAUCAUGACGAAGGGAUUGCCCACAUCGCUGUUUGAAGAUUUCCGAUCCAGUUUGUGCAUCGUCGACGACGCACCAACUGCGGGGGGUGUCAAAGUGGCUGAUUAUUUGCGUGUUGCAUCUCAAACUCUUUCACUUAGCAAUCUACGGGGUGUGCGCGCAGUUGCAGACUACAACUUGAUCUCUGUCAGCACGUACGAGACUCCUCUCAGCAACCAAACAGCAUAUGAGGAAAGAGAGAUGGGCGUUUUACAUACUCGAUGA